GCGUUUUGCGUAUCUAUGUUCUGUAAACAAGUUUUAUAUUUGACAUUGUCAAAGUUUUUCUUUUACGUUAGAAGCUUCAAGGGAGAGUCGUUUCAAUUUUUGGUUUGAUUUUACAUACAUUAUUUGCCUAAUCAAACUAAAAUAGUUAUCUAUUACAAAGCAUCCGGGUUUUAGGCCUUCUCCUACUUUUGCUGCAGCCGAUUUUUUUAUUAGAAGAAACGGUGGUAUGGUAAAGUGUAUAUACUGAUACAAGAAGUAUAAUUACAUCUAUGGACCGUGGUAGCAAAAGAAGGGGUCGGCCUUUACCGGGUGCUCAUGAUGAUACUAACAUCAAACCAAUUUUAUUCAACCUUGAAGAAGCUCUUGCUGUAGAAUCUCUCUACAGACCCAACCUAUUAGUUAUUCAAAAUGAUAUAAGGCCAGGAGAAGUUACACUUAAAGCUAGAGAUAAUGCUGUACGGCUUUUGAGAUUUAUGAAAGUUUGGUUUGAUGUUCCAGAAAGAGCAUUUUUCAUUUCAGUUACUUAUUUGGAUCUCUUCCUCCAACGUACGAAGGUUCAAGAGAAAUACCUAAAAUGUGUCGCUUUUGCAUGUUUCUACUUAGUAACAGUGACAGAAAGAUUGAGUCUAUCAAUCUUAGAUAUAAUGUCCAUUGCCCAGAACAACUUUGGUAAAGAUGAUCUGAACCGAAUGGCAGGAAUCAUUCAAACCAAGCUUGGUUUGCAAGGCUCCUCCACUGAAAUUACAACUUGUGCAGAUAUUCUCAAAAUCUAUUUGCAAUACUUCAGAUGUACCACUCCAACUUUUACGGAAAAACUUAAUGAAGAUCAUCUGAUGAAAAAAUUGGAAGUUUUAAUGACAGACAGCAACUGUGCAUUUUUCCGACCAUCAGCUUUGGUAUUUACUCUAUUGAGAUUAGAGGUAGACAAAAAUUUCUCACAUACCAUCAACAAUAGAAGUACCUCUCAUUUAGAAGAUAUACUUUCUUUUGUUUCGGCUCUUAAAGAAUUGCAAAAAAAGUCCAAAUUAAGGACUCCAGAAUUAGUGAAAUGUUCCCAGCUGGCAUCGAAAGUCCUCAAACAGUAUGGAAAACCUCACCCUAAUACAGCUCAUAUCAGGUGGACAUGUAUCCCAGACCAGUACAGAAUGGGGCCCUUUUCCUCAAACUUGGGAAGUAUCGAAGAAAAAACCACUGAACCAGUGAAAGAAAGAAAUGUGUACCUAUGUCAGACCAACAUGUAUCAUACCUAAAAUUUUGCCAAAUAAAUUUGAAACACUAAGCAUAUUCUCUUUAAAUGUAAAUGGGGUUUAGUUCGUACUGUUUGUGGCUUGUAUGUUAUUGCAAAGUAAUUUAAUUGAAAAUCACACUUUAUUGAGAAACAUCCUUUGCAUAAACGUACAGCUAGAAUUAUUUUUAAGGGGCAAUUAUCUGAAACCCUACCUUUCAGUCUUUCAAUAUCACUUUUUUUUUAUUAAAAGUUAAUAUUCAAUUGAACUUUUUGAGAAAGGUGGGGAAUUUUGAUAAAAACUGCAAGUAUGAUAUCCAUUUUUGAAGUCACAUUUAUCUAGAGAUUCCUUAUAAUGCAUUUAAUUUUGACAUAUUUUUAAAAUUUCAAUAAUAAGUCUAAUUUAGACUUAUAAGAAGGGUGCUUUUUUAUUGUAAAUUGUUAUCAUCUUGCAGUUUUACUUCGGUCUUAGUCUCUUAGCUUACUGUAACUAGAAAUAGUUGAAAAAAAAAAUAAAUGUGGUGUGAUUGUUGUAAAUUUUAUAUGUUUUUAUGUAAAGAGUUGAUAUAUUUUUUAGAUAAAUUUAAAUAUAUUAGGUAGGUCGCAAUAGGCUAUAUUUUUGUUCAGGUACAUAUCACUUGCAAAAAAUUUACCUUUUCUAAUUGUCCAAAAUGUGAAAAUUUACUGAAAUGUUUAAUAAUUGAUUGCUGCUGAAGUGUACUAAUACAAUUAUGUAAUUAAAUAAAAAAGAUUGAAAAAAUAUAGUCCAUUGCUAAAACAAAGAAAAAACUAUUAAAAAUUGAACACGCAUCACAAAAAAAACUAAAACGAGAAAAACUUUAAAAAAACAUAUAUAAAAUGCAAAAGAUGCAAAAAAAAAUAAAAAAUAUUUUAAAUUAUAAAAAAAUUAACCUUUGCAUAUUUUUCAUUUUACACGUUUAGAUAAUAACGAAUAUGCUUACAUGUUUCAUUUAAUUACUAGUCCACUUUGAUUUGUUACCAUUCAAUGGCAUUUGAAUAACUACAUUAAAUUUUCUGUAACA